UGAGUGGCAGAGAACCUUGAGACACAGGUGAGUUCGGAGCAUCAUGGCUUCCACACUGGUGUUUCUGCUUCAGCUGCUCCUGGUCUCGCUGUCAUCUGCAUCAUAUUACUUUGGGGGAACCGUGACCUACACCUACAAAGGAAGAAACCCCGAUGGAACAUUUAGAGUGGACUUUCGCAACAGGGCAACCUUUGAUGACUGUCAGAACUCUCUCAACUGGUCUUGUUACGCCGGCAACUGUGGCUAUAAUACCACAAGUGAGAGAGGCGUAGUUGACUGGAGCAACAAUGCACCACAGUACAACUAUCAAUGGUGUGAAACUGAAACAGUCAGUACAAGAAGUAUCCCAAGUGACAACCCUUUUCAAAUGAGCACUGCUAGCUGUUGUUGGAUCCCAACGCAAAACUGGGUUCAUAAUUUGAGACUUAUGACUUAUGUGGAUUUGGGAACAAGAUCUGACACUGGAAAACCAAACCAAUCGCCAGAAGUUGCCAUUCUACCUUUACUACGAGUUCCUCAGAACUGCCCACGGACAUACAAGCUGAUGUCCUUUGAUCCUGAUGGUGACAAAGUUCGAUGCAGAUAUGGAAAUAUCAUAGGUACUGAGUGCAGCUCGUGCAACCAGCCUUCAGGCUUUGACUUAGAUCAGGGCUCUUGCACAUUACACUACCGAGACUCUUAUGCCAACACCGGAGUGUAUGGAUUUGAGUUGGUGGUGGAGGACUUCCCACAAGGGCACAUCUCUCUGACCUACACUGAUGGAUCCAGAUCCUCCAGGGAUCCACUGAUUGUUAGGAAGAAGAGACAAAUCACUGUGGGGGCAAAGGCCCAGCCUACUACGACCAAGACCACUGUGGGGAAAAAGCCCCAACCUACUACAACCAAGACCACUGUUGGGACUAAGAUUCAGCCUACCACGACAAAGACCACUGUGGGGACUAAGACGCAGCCUACUACGACCAAGACCACUGUUGGGACUAAGACCCAGCCUACCACGACAAAGACCACUGUGGGGACUAAGACCCAGCCUACUACAACCAAGACCACUGUUGGGACUAAGACCCAGCCUACCACGACAAAGACCACUGUGGGGACUAAGUCCCAGCCUACUACAACCAAGACCACUGUUGGGACAAAGACCCAGCCUACUACGACCAAGACCACUGUGGGGACUAAGACCCAGCCUACCACAACCAAGACCACUGUGAGGACUAAGACCCAGCCUACUACGACCAAGACCACUGUGGGGACAAAGACCCAGCCUACUUCGACCAAGACCACUGUGGGGACAAAGACCACUGUGGGGACAACUACAUCCACAACAACUGCAACCACAACAACUGCAACCACACCAACCACAACCGAUCCACCAACUACAGCCGCAGCAACCACAACCGAUCCACCAACUACAACCGCAGCAACAACAACCGAUCCACUAACUACAACCGCACCAACAACAACCGAUCCACCAACUACAACCGCACCAACAACAACCGAUCCACCAACUACAACCGCAGCAACCACAACCGAUCCACCAACUACAACCGCAGCAACAACAACUGAUCCACCAACUACAACCGCACCAACAACAACCGAUCCACCAACUACAACCGCACCAACCACAACCGAUCCACCAACUACAACCGCAGCAACAACAACUGAUCCACCAACUACAACCACACCAACCACAACCGAUCCACCAACUACAACAGCAGUAACAACUACACUCAUACCCUGGGAUACCACAACCACUGAAACAACUACUACAACCACCCUGCCAUACACUAGCAGCAGGACACACCUGCACGCCAACACUCCUCCUCUCAGUAAACUACCAUUGCAAUUCUCUUUCUUUGUGGACCCACCUGCUCCCUCUUGUCAGGAGGGACUCUACUUGCCGAAGUUUGUGCACCCAACACCUGAAAAUGAAGCACAUAUCCAAGCAGAGGUCAACAAAGAGGUGGAGAUCAGAGUCAAAGCACAAGCUACACAUGCAGAAAUACGUGAUAUCAUCAUCAGUGGGCCACUGAAUAUCCGAAAGCUCAGGACCACACGUGAUGAGUUUGUCAUUAGGUGGACGCCUACUCCAGAUCACCUGGGAGAUCAUUACCCCAUCUGCUUUGCUGUUGAGUCAGUGACAGGAUCUACUGAAACUACUACUGAAACCACACAGGAUUACAAUCACUUCACCACCCCAUCUUCACGGGCUGGCGUUUAUCAGUCUGAGAUGAGGUGUGUUCUGGUGGACAUCGGGACGACGCAAGUUGUAGCCAAUGUGAUCUGCAGUCAGUCCACAAUGACAGUAGAGGUUGAGAAAUCUUCAUUCUCUGGACUCAGUGAGGAUCAUUUGCGGCUCAGUGACCCCACCAACGCCGCCUGCAGCCUCCGCACACACUCCAACAGCACUCACAUCAUCGCUGUCAUCCCCCUCAAUGCUUGUGGCACUCAGAUCGAGGAAGAUGAUGACAACCUCAUUUUUAAGAAUGAGAUCACCACGAUUGACAACACAGAAGACCUGAUCACCAGGAAACAGCUGCUGGAAGUGCAUUUCUUCUGCCAGUACCCCAAACGGGUAAACGUGACACUUGGCUACACAAAACACAGGAAAAGUGUCACAGUGUGGGAGAAAGGCUUUGGCACGUUAACUUACCGGUUUGAGUUUUUUCCUGAUAACCAAUUCCAAACCAUGAUUGAUCCAAAUUCGUACCCUGUGGAGUUUGACGUAGGGAGCAGGAUCUACAUGCAGAUAGAUGCCACCUCUUCAGUCAACACCACCGAGCUGUUUGUGGAGUCCUGCAGCGCUGCACCAUAUGACAACCCAAACUACCGGCCAACCUACUCCAUCAUUGAAAAUGGGUGUAAAGUGGACUCGACUGUUGAAAUUUAUUCCUCCACCCACGACAGACAAUUCCGGAUCGGCAUGGAGGCCUUCAAGUUCAGAGGCUUGCAUGAUCAGAUGUACAUCAGCUGUUCAGUCCUGAUGUGUGAAGUAGGGGACCCCAACUCCAGGUGCUCACAGGGAUGCAUCAACUCCACAUCGCCAGACAGUCAGCACCAUAACCACCAAAAAAGAGAGGCUGCCACCCAGAGUGUAAGGCACCUUGUUUCCCAGGGUCCCCUGCGCUUCAGGAGAUCAGCAGAAAACACUGGAAGCAGAGUGAUUAGCCUGGAUCUGAACCUGGUCUUCAUUGCUGGUUGUCUUCUUGCUGCUGUUGGCAUGCUCUGUGCAUUGUCCAUCUACAAAGCCAAAAUGUCAAGGGUCAAAUACCAACCUUUGCCUACGUUUGUAAAUUAAGACAGCAGCAUGUGCAGAAUACCAAAAAGUUUUUUUCUGAAUGCUUUCACAUAAACACUUAUUCUUGAAGCUCUAUUUCUGAAACCAUUUACCAUUGUAACCAAAUCAUUUAGCAAGUGUGCCAAACUGUAAAGGGAGUGAGGAGAAAUCAGAGCGUGUGUGGGUGACCAUGUUCUCAAGUAUGGGAUGAGCUUGAGGGAGGCUGGGCCACGGGUUCAAUCCCAGUAUUUUUCUGAUUGCUUAGGCACUUCUUUUUGAAACUAACCACAAAUCCUUUACACUAAAAAAACAAAACAUUAAACAUCUCUUGCAAAAAGUCUGGUUGCAAAAUUGUGGUUUUGGAUCAAUACAGUACACACAAAUGUCUUUGAUUAAGCACACGAAGUAGCAACUACGCAAAAAUGAAAAACACAUUUUCCGUGUGGGACAUAGUAGUUUGCAAUAGAGUUUUGUCAUGCAUGUAGUACAGUAAAACACACAUACACACAGGUGCCCAAAUUCUGUGAAAAACAUUUGAUUGGUUUUACAGUAGUGACCCACGUUGUAAAUAUAUAUUUGAUUAUCAGACAUUGUAUAUUAAAUAUAUAAUUAUGCACACAUUAAUUAAUUUUAUGUUUACAUCUUGGGAAGUUACUACUGUGUACAAGUUGAAAGAGGAAGUCGUCUGUGCCGGUGCAAAUGGGAAACCGUGAAACAAUCUGCCUCAACCGGUUGG